GCUUAUUAUGAUCUAAUCGUUAACAAUGCUGUAUAGGCUCAUUUUAGGGCAUAUCGUUUUGUACAAUAGUUGUUAUGCCAUUUUUGAAAGCUUUUCAACAUGCCUAGGCGUAAAAAUCUAGAAAUUGUUAGUGCGAUGCAAGAUCUAAUAUCUAAUAAUACAAUUUUCUUUCCGACAGUUUUGGAGUUCGGUUCGUUCUGAGACAAGAUGGCAGCGCCCAUAACAAGAAAUUAAUAUAAAAUGCCUUUCAUACUUAUUUGUGGGUAUCCGUCCUGUGGGAAGAGUAGACGAACUGAAGAAUUGAAAAAAUAUUUUGAAAACGAACAGAAAAAGACCGUUGUAGAAGUCAGCGAUCACAACACUGGUGUCGAUCGCAAUAAAGUAUAUGCUGACUCUAAAGAAGAGAAGAUUGUAAGAGGCAAUCUGAAGUCGUCAGUGCAAAGAAACCUGAGUAAAGAAACAAUUACCAUACUUGAUUCAUUGAAUUAUAUUAAAGGUUUCAGAUACGAGUUGUAUUGUGUAACAAAAGAGUGCCAAACAACACAGUGCGUGAUAUUCUGUGAUACCAGUAAAGAACUAGCAAGUGAAUGGAACAAUAGCCGAGCUGAGGAAGAGAAGUAUUUGCAACAAAUAUUCGAUGGCCUUGUGCAGAGGUUUGAGGAGCCCAGGUCCAAUAACCGCUGGGAUAGUCCGCUGUUUGUAAUUCAGAAGGAUGAUAUGUUGCCGUUGGAUGCGAUAUCAGACGCUCUGUUUAAGAAGAAGGCUCCGGCCCCCAAUGCCUCCACGGCACCACAACCCCUCUCAUCUACCAACUUCCUGUAUGAACUGGACAAGACGACCCAGGACGUUGUGGGGGUCAUCAUGGGGUCACAGAAAACAUGUGUCCCUGGGGAUACUAUAGGCGUUCCCGGAGCUACAGAUCAGCUUCAGUACUGCCGACCUUUGACCCUUGCCGAGCUUCAGAGGUUGCGACGUCAGUUCAUCACGUACAUGAAGAUGCACCCCGUGUCCAACCAUGCCCAACUAACAAACAUGUUUAUACAGUACCUCAAUAAUACGCUGAAGUAAAAAUAUAUGUGUAUUUUGUAAUUAUAUUCACUAGUUAUCAAUUUUAAAGGGUAAAAAUUUUCGUAUGGAUUUGGUGUCAGCCUUUUUUAUCAGGUCAUGGGUUCAAUCUUUUGAAUGGUCCCAAUACUUUUGAUCAGAUGGUCCAGGUUUUGAUCAUUGAUGGGACCCGCACAAGCAGUUUUCUCCCGCCCUGGCAAGACAGUGAACUGGCACCUGGCUCCCCAGGUUUAGUCUUGUCAGAACCUUUGUUCAAUGAUAUUUAUUUGUACGUAUGUGUAAUUCUGCCUGGUGACUCUUUUUUUCCACUGAAUCUUUUACAGUGUGUGUUUUGGCUUCAACUCGUCUGUACUUGUUGUGUUGCAAGCUAUGCAUCUUCUAUGAAAUAAAUUGUGUGCAACAGU